AACAAAAUUGAACAAGAAGGCAAAAGCUUUCUGGCAAAAAGAUCGUUUAGGAAAUCAACCAAAACUCGUCUUUAGCUCAGAGAAAAGAUCAUUUUCGCAAUCUACGAUGGCUUUGCCAUUCUUACCGGGCAAUAAUUUCACAGAUCCAACGAAAUCUCGGUUUCAUCGGUCACAAAGUUUAGGCUGGAAGAACGGCUAUGCUUUGCCUGUUACGCCAAAGACGGCAAUCGGUGGUGAACCUUUGCCUGUAAGCCAGCUUUCACGGGAAGAACUGGACGAGUUGGCUAAUUUUAAACCAAGUUUAACUUAUGGUCAAAAAGUCCAGGCACCACCUGAAGAUUUUAUCCCAGCUCAUGUGGGUUUUGACAAAAAAGUGCUGCUCUUUUUGGGCUAUUUCAAGCAGACGGUUCACGAGUCGGCGGACGAGUAUUACCGUGUACGACCAGUGAAAAUUUACUAUUAUUUAGAAGAUGAUUCUAUCGCAGUUAUUGAACCUGCUGUCGAGAACAGUGGCAUACCACAAGGCAAGCUGAUCAAAAGACAACAACUUCCAAAAGAUGAUCUUGGCAACACAUGGCAUUGGAAAGAUCUUAAUCUUAGGAUCAAUGUCACUUUCUAUGGCAAGGCUAUUCGAAUCUGCAAUUGUGAUGAAUGGACGAAGGAAUUCCUGGCAAGCGAAGGUAUUGAGCUAAACCCUCCAGAAGACAUCGCAAAAGAUCCAUAUACGGAAGGCAGAAAACAGCCACCUCGUAGCUAUAUCACACGCUCAGAUUUUGAUAAACUCCGACAGUUUCUGGUCAUGGACCGCAAAGUUUUAAGAUUCUACUGUGUCUGGGAUGACAGAGAUAACAUGUUUGGAGAAAUGCGACCUUUUAUUCUUCAUUACUAUCUCGUGGAUGACACCGUCGAGGUUCGUGAAGUCCACUCCGCCAACGAUGGAAGAGAUCCUUUCCCCGUUCUUAUUCAAAGACAGAAACUGCCCAAGGAUCGCGACGCGACUACAUCCUCGUUUCCGCGCGCUGUAUUGGAACUAACAGAUCAGGAGAUCAGUGAUUGGUUCCGUCCCUCAGACUUCAUGGUCGGUCGCACAGUGACGAUGCUUGGUCGUAGGUUCCUUCUCUACGAUUGCGAUCAAUUUACGAGGGAAUACUAUGCAGAGAAGUUCGGUGUGACUGAUUUCCCUCCGGUUGACGUCACUGAAAGGAAAGGAGAACCUCCACAACACGUGAUUCCUCCGUACAAUGGCUUCGGUUCCCUCGAAGACACUCUACAGUCAUGCCUUUCUCUGAUCCCACAACCUCCCAAGAAAGAUUUCAUUCGAAUGUUGGAGAACGAUAAUAAAGUUCUACGAUAUUCCGCCGUUCUGGAAUCCGUACGUCCUGAAGACAAGGAUCGCAAGUUCAUCAUAAGCUAUCGCCUCGCCGAUGACAUGAUGACCAUCUACGAACCUCCGGUACGAAAUGCCGGUAUGUUGUGUGGCAAAUUCCUUGAACGUACCCGAGUACAAAAACCCGGAACCCCUACAGACAACCCGGAGUUUUACAACCCCGGAGAUUUCUACAUCGGUGCAAGGAUCCACAUAUUCAAACACCGGUUCAUCAUUAACGAUGCUGAUGAAUACGUCCUGAAGUAUUUGGAAAGCAAUGCUGAUAAGUUCCCUAAGGAGACGAUUGAUUCGAUCCGGCAAAAAGUUGGUGGAACAACGGGAAGUUUCGGGCGAGAAAGUUUAGUCGGCGGGAGUAAAACGGAAGGAAUUAAGACAGAAUACCAGAGAAGGUUUUGAAAUGAUACACAGAACAAUGACAUUUAACAGCAAUUGUGGAAAUUAAAUUUUUUAACAGUAGAUUAUGCUUCAUCGUCAUAG